AUUUAUAAAUCACAUUACUUAAGAAACAAUUUAAUCUAGUACAAAAUUUAACAACUGAGAAAUGAGGAAAGUUAUAUAUAUCUUCAUAAUUAUUUGCAUUUAUAAUGUUACCAGUAAAUCAAUGAAAUAUGUGGUAAAUCGUAACGAUUUUCAGGACAUUUCUGGUUCCGGUUAUGAUUAUGUUUGGGACGAUGAAGAUUAUAAUGGUAUUUCGGGUGAUUAUUCGGGAGUUGCUCCAAAUUUUGUAAAGGAUGGUAAGAACAUUUACGAAAUCAACACUUUAGAUAAGAACAAACUACCUCCUAGCUACGAAAUUAUAAGGAAAAAUUCUAUUUCGUAUAAUGUUGCUGCAGAUAAUAGUGAACGUACAAUAAUAAAAAUGAAUUGAAGUUAAAGCUUCAUUUUAAAAAAUGCUAUUGGUGAUGAACCCGAAUAUAAUAUUUUUCUCAUGUUUUAAUAUAUUUAUACUUUACUUCAGUAGAAAUGAAAUAUAAAUAAUAUUUUUAUGAAUCGUAUCCAGUUGAAUUUAUAUUUAUAUAAUCU